AUGAAUAAACCCGAGCAGGGGAAAGCAGCCGGGGAGAGCGGCAAGCCUAACCCUAGCCAACAAAGCACCCUACCUAAAAAGGAGAGGCAAAAAAUAAAACCAAUCCAAGUCAGACGAAGCUUGAAGGACAUCCUAGUGAACGAGAAUCCCAGUCAGCUCAUCCUUAAUUAUAGCGGGAGAAAAAUAGGGAGCGCUUUUCCUGAUGAGGAUGUAAAGAAGCAGGACCUUUUAAGUGAGUCCCACACGGAAGAACCCACAAAUAAUGAAGACAAAAGGAAAAAAGAAAGCAACGUGGAAAGACUCUUCAGCACAGAAGCAAUCGAUAGCCACCAACAAAUUAUGAUGGACGAAUUGAAAGAACUCCUAAGUAAGGAAGACUUAACAGAUGAAAUGAAAAAUAAUAUUAAAUCGCUCUAUAUAGAAGUGCAGGAAAUUUAUAUGGAAAUAAAAAACGACUUAAAAAAGAAUUGUCCCUCAUCGGAGGACAUUCUAAAUUUGUACCGAUCUGACGACAUGAACAAGAAGAGUAAAAAUGCCGUUUGGCGAAAAUUAUGUUUUUACAAAAUGCUCGGGGAUCAGAUGAGCGACAUUCACAUUUGCACCAUUUCGUCCUAUCGGCUAAAAUAUUUGAAGACCAUUUAUAAGUGGUACUGUAAGAAUAAGCGUCUUUUGUUUGGUCAUCGCUAUAGGGGGGGAGGGCCCUCCGCUAGCGGUGAUGACACGACAACGGAGGACACGGCCAGUAAUGUUACCACGGAUGGGGAUACCUCCAAUGGGGAUGCUGCCAAAGAUGUGAUCGGUGCGGAGGAAGCGAUGGAUGGGAGUGACCCAGUUGAGGCAGCUGCCCCCGCCGACGCAGUGACGUGUGAGGAAGGGGGAACAACCCAGAUGGAAGAUGGCUCAUCACCGGAAAAGGGAGAAGAAAAUGGGGUGAAGAAGAAAAAGGAGGGGCAAAGUGCUAGCCAAAAGGAGGACGAAAAACCGGGUGAGACAGCCCACUAUGGGAGGGAAACUUCCGACCAGUUCGAUGACCUUCUCACGAGGCACAUGCAAGAAAUAAAGAAACCUGAUCAUGAGGGGGAGAAGAGAGAAGUCGAUUGGAGCAACAAUGAACAGGAAGAAGGGCAAAGCAAACCGAGAGAUAACAUCCUAGAGAGUUACAUAUUUCCGAAUUCGCUUUUUGAAAAGGGUACACCGGAGGUGGACGUAGACAAACCAACUGACAGUGGACACAGAAGAAGUGACAUCCAGUUGGACUACACCGGGGAGGAGGACCCGCUACCAACUUAUAUCGACACAAAGAGGAUCAUGGAGCUGGAGGAAGAAAUAAAACGACAGAAGCUGCUAAUCAAGGAGAAGGAAAUCGAAAUAAUUAACUCUCCCAUUGGGAUUAAAUUUAAGGACAUUUUUGGGAAUUUCCAGGACAUUGACAUAAAUGAGUGA